UUGAUUCUAGGUUUUUGCAAUUUUUAAUUUCCCAGAAUUGCAGAGAUGAGGGCUUGUCAUCGGAGGCCUUGCACGGUGCAAUCCGAUAAGGCUCCGAUCCGAUCCAUUCCAUUCUGAUCCGCGUACGUCAUCAUGUUUCUGUUUGACUGGUUGUACGGUGUGCUCGCUUCCCUCGGUAUGUGGCAGAAGGAGGCCAAGAUCUUAUUCCUAGCACUCAAUAAUGCUGGCAAGACCACCUUGCUUCACAUGCUCAAAGAUGAGAGGCUGGUGCAGCAUCAACCUACGCAAUAUCCCACAUCCGAGGAGUUGAGAAUUGGCAAAAUCAAGUUCAAGGCCUUUGAUUUGGGAGGUCAUCAGAUUGCUUGCAAGGUCUGGAAGGAUUCCUACGCAAAGGUAGAUGUUGUGGUGUACCUUGUGGAUGCCUACGAUGGUUUUAAGUGA